CGGACCGAGGGGCGGGGGGCGUCACAGCGAGCGGGCAGGCGGCUGUGAGAAGAGAUGACAAUUAGCCUUUAAAAAUGGCUGCUUGGAAGCUGUCAGCUGGGACACGGAGCGGCUGUUAACCCUCCUCUCCCACCUUCCUCCCGCCUCCUUUCCCUGCAGGGAGAGGAGAUAAGAGCUCCUCCGCCCCACUAGCCCCCCCGCUCCGCUCCGCCGGUGCGGGAUGCCGUAGCGGCCCCACGGCCCGGCCGCCCUCACUUCUCAUCUGAUUGAGUGGCGAGAGGCCGGCGGCGGCCCCCGCCUCCCGCGCUCCUCCUCGCUGCCGCCUGCGUGUGUGCCGCGGGCAGAGGGACUACAAAGGAGAAGGGGGAGCCGGGGGGGCUACAUGAUCGAGGGCGGUGUGUGCACGCCAGUGGGGGGCAUAUCUGGCGAGGAGAAAACACAAGGUCAGGAGCCAGUUCUCCUUCUCCUCUUCCUCCAUGGAAGAAGACGGGAGCGAUGAGCCCUGAGGAGGACGACGAAGAGAAGGAGCGGAUGGCUGAGGGCUGCCGGGCUUCCCCUCAGGAGUGAAGGGGCGCGGAGUGCUGAAGGGGCCGGAGGAGGCAGCGCUGGGGUCGGGAGGGAAGGAGGGAGGAGAGGAAGGCGAGAAGGAAGCGGGGGGUUUGAAUCUCCGCGGCUGGAUUAUUUCCCCUGAGGGGAAGCUGCCCCUGCCCGGGGAGCGCGGGCGGUGCUGCCAUCGCUGCCUGCCGCCGGCCGCGCCUCGGCCCAUGGCCCCAGCGGCGGAGAUGGACCCGGGCAGAACGGGAGCAGUCCCCGCGCCUCGCGGUGCCGGGAGACCGUUCCCUGCCUCCUGCUGCUGCUGCUUCUCCUCACUCCUGGAUGUGAACAGCUGGCUGCUCUUCUACGGCUUCUUGUACCUGGCCAUCUACGCCCAGGUGUCCCAGUCCAAGUCCUGCGACAAGAUCUCCUGCUUCUCGGGUCAUUGUGUCAAUUCCACCUGUGUCUGCGACCAGGGCUGGGUGGGAGACCAGUGCCAACACUGCCAGGGCAGGUUCAAGUUAACAGAACCUUCUGGAUAUUUAACAGAUGGACCAAUAAAUUAUAAAUAUAAAACUAAAUGUACAUGGUUAAUUGAAGGAUACCCAAAUGCAAUACUAAGAUUAAGAUUUAAUCACUUUGCCACAGAAUGUAGUUGGGACCAUAUGUAUGUAUAUGAUGGAGAUUCAAUAUAUGCACCUUUAAUAGCUGUAUUUAGUGGUCUAAUAGUUCCUGAAGUGCGUGGAAAUGAAACUGUUCCUGAAGUAGUUACUACAUCUGGCUAUGCAUUGCUACAUUUCUUCAGUGAUGCUGCUUAUAACUUAACUGGAUUUAACAUUUUUUACUCAAUUAAUUCAUGUCCUAAUAACUGCUCAGAACAUGGGAAGUGCACAACCAGUGUGUCUGUUCCAAGCCGGGUAUACUGUGAGUGUGACAAGUAUUGGAAAGGAGAAGCCUGUGAUAUUCCAUAUUGUAAAGCCAACUGUGGCAGUCCAGAUCAUGGCUACUGUGAUUUGACAGGCGAGAAGCUGUGUGUUUGCAAUGACAGCUGGCAAGGUCCAGAUUGUUCUUUGAACGUCCCUUCUACAGAGUCUUACUGGAUUCUACCAAAUGUAAAACCAUUCAGCCCUUCUGUGGGCCGGGCUUCCCAUAAGGCAGUCCUGCACGGGAAAUUUAUGUGGGUGAUUGGUGGCUACACUUUUAACUACAGUUCAUUCCAAAUGGUGUUGAACUACAAUCUGGAAAGCAGUAUAUGGAAUGUCGUACCUGUAUCCAAAGGGCCACUUCAGAGAUAUGGACACACUCUUGCUUUAUAUCAGGAAGAAAUCUACAUGUAUGGAGGCAAAAUUGAAGCAAAUAAUGGCAAUGUUACUGAUGAGCUGUGGAUUUUCAACAUACACAGUCAAACGUGGAGUGCCAGAACUCCUGCAGUACUUGUACAUGGCCAACAGUAUGCAGUGGAAGGUCAUUCAGCACACAUAGUAGAGCUCGACAGCAGAGAUGUGGUUAUGAUUAUAAUUUUUGGAUAUUCUGCCAUAUAUGGUUACACAAGCAUUGUGCAAGAAUACUACAUCAGGUCUAAUUCUUGGCUCGUACCAGAAACAAAAGGAGCAAUUGUGCAAGGUGGAUAUGGCCAUACAAGUGUCUAUGAUGAGCUGACAAAAUCUAUUUAUGUCCAUGGUGGAUACAAGGCAUUACCUGGAAAUAAAUAUGGAUUGGUAGAUGAUCUUUACAGAUACGAGGUUAAUACUCGGACAUGGACUAUUUUAAAGGAGAGUGGUUUUGCAAGGUACCUUCAUUCAGCUGUCUUAAUCAAUGGAGCUAUGCUAAUUUUUGGUGGAAACACUCAUAAUGAUACUUCCCUGAGUAAUGGUGCAAAGUGUUUUUCUGCUGACUUCCUCGCAUAUGAUAUAGCUUGUGAUGAAUGGAAGAUUUUACCGAAACCUAAUCUACACCGAGAUGUCAACAGAUUUGGUCACACUGCUGUUGUCAGUAAUGGGUCCAUGUAUAUAUUUGGGGGGUUUUCGAGUGUUCUUUUGAAUGACAUCCUUGUGUACAAGCCUCCAAACUGUGAAGCAUUCAGAGAUGAAGAACUGUGUAAAAAUGCUCGUCCAGGGAUAAGGUGUCUGUGGAACAAGAAACAUUGUGAAUCCUGGGAAUCUGGACAUGCUAACAACAUCCUUAGAGCAAAAUGUCCAAAGAAAGUUGGUAUUGCAGCUGCUGCAGAUGACAGAUGUUACCGGUAUGCAGAUUGUGCGAGUUGUACUGCCAAUACAAAUGGGUGCCAGUGGUGUGAUGACAAGAAGUGCAUUUCAGCAAGUAGUAACUGUAGCAUGUCGGUUAAAAACUACACCAAAUGUCAUGUGAGGAAUGAACAGAUCUGCAAUAAACUGACCAGCUGCAAAAGUUGCUCGCUGCACCUGAACUGCCAGUGGGACCAACGGCAGCAGGAGUGCCAGGCACUACCUGCUCAUCUGUGUGGGGAAGGAUGGAGUCAUAUUGGAGAUGCCUGCCUCCGCAUAAAUUCUAGUCGUGAAAGCUACGACAAUGCCAAACUGUAUUGCUACAAUUUGAGCGGGAAUCUUGCCUCAUUAACAACCUCAAAAGAAGUGGAAUUUGUUCUUGAUGAAAUACAAAAGUAUACACUUCAGAAAAUUUCACCUUGGGUAGGUUUACGGAAGAUCAAUAUCUCCUACUGGGGAUGGGAUGACAUGUCUCCUUUUACCAAUACAACUCUGCAGUGGCUUCCUGGAGAGCCAAAUGAUUCUGGCUUCUGUGCGUAUCUAGAAAGAGCAGAGGUGGCAGGGCUGAAAGCAAAUCCAUGCACUGCAAUGGCAGAUGGUCUUGUGUGUGAAAAACCUGUCGUCAGUCCCAACCAGAAUGCCAGACCCUGCAAAAAACCAUGCUCCUUGCGAACGUCGUGUUCUAACUGCACGAGUAAUGGUAUGGAAUGUAUGUGGUGUAGCAGCACGAAGCGAUGUGUUGACUCAAACGCCUAUAUAAUCUCCUUCCCAUAUGGACAGUGUCUAGAAUGGCAAACUGCCACAUGCUCCCCUCAAAACUGCUCUGGACUGAGGACGUGUGGACAGUGUUUGGAACAGCCUGGGUGCGGAUGGUGUAACGAUCCCAGUAACACUGGGAAAGGGCAAUGUUUGGAAGGAUCAUCACGAGGCCCAAUGAAGGCAGUUGGCAUGCACUCUAAUGAAAUGGUGCUUGAUGCUAGUCUCUGUCCAAAAGAGAAAAACUAUGAGUGGUCUUUUAUCCAGUGUCCAGCCUGCCAGUGUAAUGGCCACAGCACCUGCGUCAACAGUAAUGUCUGUGAUCAAUGUAAAAACUUAACAACAGGAAAACAAUGUGAAACAUGCAUGCCAGGAUAUUAUGGGGAUCCCACAAAUGGAGGACAGUGUACAGCUUGCACGUGCAGUGGACAUGCAAAUAUUUGUCACAUGCAAACAGGAAAAUGUUUCUGCACAACUAAAGGAAUCAAAGGAGACCAGUGCCAACUCUGUGACUCUGAAAAUAGGUAUCUUGGAAAUCCACUUAGGGGAACAUGCUACUACAGCCUUUUGAUUGAUUACCAGUUUACCUUCAGCUUAUUACAAGAGGAUGAUCGCCAUCACACUGCCAUAAACUUUAUAGCAAAUCCAGAACAGUCAAAUAAAAAUUUGGAUAUAUCAAUUAAUGCAUCAAACAACUUCAACCUCAAUAUUACAUGGUCUAUUGGUUCUACAGCUGGAACAAUAUCUGGAGAAGAGAUUCCUGUUGUUUCUAAAGCUAAUAUUAAGGAAUACAGAGAUAGCUUUUCCUGUGAAAAAUUCAACUUCAGGAGCAACCCAAACAUCACUUUCUAUGUCUAUGUCAGCAAUUUCUCCUGGCCAAUCAAAAUACAGAUUGCCUUCUCACAGCACAAUACCAUCAUGGAUCUGGUGCAGUUUUUUGUCACCUUCUUCAGUUGUUUCUUAUCCUUACUGCUGGUAGCUGCUGUCGUUUGGAAAAUCAAACAAACCUGUUGGGCUUCUCGACGGAGAGAGCAACUUAUGCGGGAGCGACAGCAGAUGGCCAGCCGCCCCUUUGCUUCUGUCGAUGUAGCACUGGAAGUAGGAGCUGAGCAAACAGACUUUCUACGAGGGCCAUUAGAGGGUGCUCCCAAACCAAUUGCCAUUGAGCCAUGUUCAGGAAACAGGGCUGCUGUCCUCACAGUAUUCUUAUGUCUGCCCAGAGGAUCAUCAGGAGUCCCACCCCCUGGUCAGUCAGGUCUUGCAAUCGCAAGUGCACUGAUAGACAUUUCACAACAGAAGCCUGCGGACUGUAAAGAUAAGAGUUCAGGAGUCAGAAAUCGAAAACAUCAUCUUUCAACACGUCAAGGAACUUGUGUCUGAAAUUCAAAAACUACACUUGUAUAUUCUGUAAUGUUUUCUUUUUAAAUGGCUUCCAUUGAAAGCUAUACUACAGCCUCAGUUUUUGUGGAGGCAAAUCUAUGAAUGAACACAUGAGGUACUGUGCUCUGCUAUAGUCACAUAGCCUGCUAUACCCCAAAGCAGAACAAACUUACGGUAGGUAUAUUUGAUGAGCUUUAUUAAAAAGAGUGGAUCAACAAAGUAUGAAAUAAAAUACCUAGCAUUCUUAAUCCUAAACAUAUCAGAGCAGGGAAAUAUUCUUGAACAGAACUAGGAAAACUGUACAUUGUUUUGUAAUGUAGAAGGAAAUUGUAUAAUUGAAAACCAAGCAAAUUCCAGGAAACUAUAGGACUGUUUUGUGCAGCUUAAUGUAACAAUGAGAACUGUACACUUCUUUCCUUGUAAUCGGCAUUAAGAUUUCUUUCCAGCAAGCAGGAACUAAAGAGGAUCAUUUGGAUUUAGACGUUCUUUUAUUGUUGCCUGAAAUAGGUUGGCAGCUUUUGAAUUUAGCAUAGGUAUAACCCAAGAAUACCACAUGUGAUAUUUGAAAGUUAAUUCCAUAAUAAAAACUUGAUUUGAGCAUUUCAUGAUUAUUUUUCUUUACCUUGCAAAAGCCUCAGAAACAGUAUCUGGGCUUCAGUAGAGUGAUAGGUGGGAUUUCAUGUACUUAACAGUCUAUUCUGAAUGAUCUGUUUUACAAAGAGCACGUGAGUCCUCCCGGCCAGUUAACUGAUUAACAAAAUUAAUUCAGCAUGGAAAAGCUUCUUCUGCAAUAAAGUUUGUUUUAUUUUCCAAGGAAGUCUCCAAGAUUGCAAAUCUAAUGAGAGGUUAACUUGCUGUUAUUCUACCUGCUACCAUUUCAAGGUUGAAAUUCACUAGUUUCUAUCUAUUGCCCUGACCUCCAAGCAGAAGAAAUGAAUCCCCGUUAGCAAUUUGACCCUUUUUUUUUAUAGUAAAGUAAGGAUACUCCUUUUCUCCCAGCUGCAGAAUUUCAUUCUCACGUUCACACCAGUGAAGGAAUUACCCUGCAUAACAAAAGUUAAAUAAAAAAGUCUUUAGAAAACCAAGCUGCUUCCAACAGUGGUUCUCAGAUUCAACAUCCUGUAUGGAACCUCACAUAGUCAGGACUCAGCAACAAAAAGCGGAUGAAAGAGUUUCCUUUCUAUAGGACAUUAAUCUCUGGGGGCUCAGUCACCACAACAGGUAACCUAGCAAACAGCUUUAAUUGCCCUCAGUCUCUUUAGUUGCUCUAAAUUCAUGAAUAUACAAAGAAGUAAGAGAAUGCUAAGGGGUAGGUAGCAGAUGUGUCAUGUUUUCAUUUACUCAUUACAUGGUAACAACAGUGUCAUAUGGAACUAUUAGUUUUGUACAAGCUUGUUGAAAGUCUAGUUUCUCAGCUCCAAAUUUGCCACCAUGCUAGUACAGGAGAGUGGUACGGAGGUAUAAAUGCCUCAUGUAAUGAUAGACUUUUGGUAAAUAUGAAAGAUAUAAAAAGAUAAUUGAUGUUUACUACUAUAUCUGUAUUUUUCAUGUUCUUUUUAUUUCAGGAAGAUGAUGACAUUUUACUGUUUAUAGUUGACUACAUAGUUACUUGCAUGCCAUGGUGGUGCAGUAGCGGUAAUAAAGAUCUUUUGUGAGUUGUGUUAA